AUGCCUCUUUCACAAUCUCUAAUAACCCCUCACCUUGCUCUCGCUUUCGACAUCCCAAAUCCAAACCACAAUCCACGCUUUGCUCAGCCCAUUCCAGCCGAAUCCACCGCUAAUUCAGGUGGAGACGAGCUGGUGCGGACUCUCGAGCAGCCCCUACUCAUGUGGAACCCACAGCCACACAAGCGGUCCGUCGAUGUCGCAUCUCAUUUAGGGAUCAAGAUCAUAAUGCCCUUGAUGAGCGUCGCUGAGUUGACCGGAGAGAACAUUGCUAGUCAUUUGCAGAAACAUCACCUCUAUUUAAACAGAAUCCGAGGGUUAUCCGGUGGUGCAAAAAUAGCAAACUUUUGA